AGCUCGCCUCGCACCUCGCUCCCUUCGAUUCCCCCUUUUCUCUUUCCCCGGCCAACAAGGGUGCCCGCGAAACGACUCCUCCCUCCACCAUUCCGCACCCUCCUCACUCCCACCAUUCCGGCGAGGCGGCUCCCCUCCCUCUCCGGCGGAGCCUUCGUCAGCUGCGGUGGCGGCUGCCCGUGCCCCGGUGCCCGCGCCUCGGUCGAUCUGCCGCUCGUUGGAGGGCCUUGCAAUCCGCCGUGGCCUCGCGCUGCUGGAACUCGCACCUGCUGACGCGAGGCAACGGCGACCCCGAUUUGAGUGCCGGCCGGAAACGCGCGGCUCCCGUCACCUCCGGGGGCCUCCCCGGGGCCGUGAACCCUUCUCUCAUCGCCUGCUGAGGGCCAAGGUCUCUCCUGGUAGUUUGAGUGAUUUCCAAUGGCUUCUGCAAGGAAAGUGAGAAAUGCGAAUAAACGCUAUGCCAAAAUCAAUGACGAUUGGAAGACUGAAGAUACAGCAAGUGUACCUAAAAGUAAAGUGCGAAAGAAAAAGUUAUCAGACAUGCUUGGGUCUCAGUGGAGUAAAGAGGAGCUCGAGCGCUUCUAUGGUGCCUAUAGAAAAUAUGGAAAAGAUUGGAGAAAGAUUGCUGGUGCUAUCCGUGAUAGGACAUCUGACAUGGUGGAGGCUCUUUACAACAUGAAUAAGGCCUAUUUGUCUCUACCGGAGGGAACAGCAACUGCAGCAGGGUUAAUUGCGAUGAUGACUGACCACUACAAUAUUCUGGAUGGAAGUAACAGUGAUCAUGAAAGCAAUGAUUCGCCAAAAACUUCUAGGAAGCCACAGAAGCGUGGUCGUGCAAAGUUUCAAUCUGUGUCUAAGACAUCAGAUACACGUUAUCCUGAUCAAUUGCAAUCUCAGCCUGCAUCAUCGAGCUAUGGAUGCCUUUCUUUGUUGAAGAAAAAACGUUCUGGAGACCUGUUUGUAGGGAACAGGCCACGUGCCGUUGGAAAAAGGACUCCAAGAGUACCUGUUGCCAGCAUGUACCAUCGAGAUGAGAGGGGUGCACCAAAUAGACAAGCAAAACCAGAUUCUAACAAUGGUGAUGAUGAAGGAGCUCAUGUAGCUGCGCUUGCUUUGGCAGAGGUAUAUCAAAGAGGAGGCUCACCUCAGGUUUCUCAAACACCUGGGAGAUCUGGCGAUCAUAUGUUCCUGUCUCCCAUUAAAAGUAAUGACAGAAAAAAUGCUGAUUCAGAGAUGGGUAGCUCAAAGUUGCAUGGAUUUCAGUUGGAUGCUGAUUACCCUGAAGCUAGCUUAGGAAGUAGGGAAGCUGAGACUGGUGACUAUACUAAAGGUGCAUCCUAUUUGAUGACUAACAAAGGAUCUCCAUCUGGCAAGCCUCAAAAGAAAGUAAAGAGGUCUCAAAAGAGGAGGAAAAAAGCUGCACGCAAAACAGGUGAUCAGUAUGAGUAUGACAGAGAGGCUUGCAGUGGUACUGAAGAAGGGCAUAGUGGAAGAAAGGCGAAAGAGGAACCAGAGCUGGAGACAUUGGGAAGAAAAACUGCAUGGCCAUCUAGCACAUCAAAUAAAAGAAGCCGUCAGCUAUUUUUUGAUGAUGAAAGUUCAGCUCUAGAUGCGUUACAUACUUUAGCUGAUUUAUCUGUGAACAUCCUACAGCCAUCUUCAGUUGUUGAAUCUGAAUCGUCAGCACAGAUUAAGGAUGAAAACAAAGACAAUGAUUCUGAUGGAAAGCCUAGUAUGCCUGCCGCCGUAUCGGUGUAUGAGCAGAAAGAUAACUCCAAAAGUAUAGCAAAAAAACUCAAAAGGCAGUCAGAAAUUGCAAGCACUGAUAUGGUUACUAGGAAAAAAGCCAAACAUUCUAAAGAUCCUCAUCAUGAUGGGAGCACCACUUCUGAAGUAAAGCAGCAAGGUUGUACAUGUGGCGUUAAAACAGAAAAAAAGAAGAGGAAAUCUUCCACGGGAAAGGUUUCAAAAGAUGAAAAAAAUAUACUAAAAGAUGUGGAGAAGACUGAGGUUUCUGCUGAAGAAGGGAAGACAUCUUCUAAUAAAGAGACAACUACACAAGGUGAAAUGACUCCGCAAGCUGACUUGACCUCAAAGGUUAAAAGCCGUCGUAAAUUAGGCAUUCAAAAAUCGCUAAGUCAAGAAUGUAAACCUACUGAGGGUGCUGGUGAUUCCGGAAGUGAGAAAUUGUCUUAUUCAUUGAGUAAUAUUAUUGAUGUCAAGGACAAACUCUCUCACUGCUUGUCAUCACGUUUGCUCCGUAGAUGGUGCAUGUUUGAGUGGUUCUAUAGUGCAAUUGAUUAUCCAUGGUUUGCAAAGAGUGAAUUUGUCGAGUAUUUGAAUCAUGUCAAGCUGGGUCAUGUUCCAAGACUGACUCGUGUUGAGUGGGGUGUCAUACGGAGUUCUCUUGGAAAGCCCCGUCGGUUGUCAAAACAGUUUUUGCGUGAGGAGAGAGAGAAGCUUUCCCAGUAUCGUGAUUCAGUCAGACAGCACUAUGCUGAACUUCGAUCUGGUGUUAGAGAAGGUCUACCAACGGAUCUUGCACGACCUCUAGCAGUUGGGCAGCGUGUUAUAGCCUGCCAUCCUAGAACACGGGAACUUCAUGAUGGGAAUGUUCUGACUGUUGAUCAUAAUCAUUGCCGGGUGCAGUUUGAUCGACCUGAACUGGGUGUUGAGUUUGUGAUGGAUAUUGAUUGCAUGCCCCUGCAUCCCCUGGAAAAUUUCCCUGAGUCUCUCAGACAGCAGAAUAUUGUCAACGAAUAUUAUAGCCGCUUAUCGGAAGCAAAUGAGGAUCAGAUUAAAGAGUUGGGUACCGGAGGUUUAACAAGAUUCACAUCAAAUUUGAAUAGUGCUGAUGCAACCUUCCAUAUCCCUUCUAGUCAUCCGAUAAGUACUUUAAUGAAGCAUGCAAAGGGUGACUCAAUUGAUUCCAUUGCACAGGCCAAAGCGACAGUUAAUGAGGUUACAGCUGCUACACAACAGGCAAUGUACAAUCAGCCAUCCACUCUCUCACAGAUACAGGAAAGAGAAGCUGAUAUAAGAGCCCUUGCUGAACUAUCACGUGCUCUUGAUAAAAAGGAAGCUUUACUAGUAGAAUUGAGGCACAUGAAUGAAGAAGUGUCUGGAAAGCAAAAGGACGGGGAAAUUAUCAGAGACUUGGAGCAUUUCAGGAAGCAAUACGCUAUGGUGCUUGUGCAGCUUAGAGAUUCCAAUGAUCAAGUAGCUGCAGCCUUGCUUUCACUUCGCCAACGUAACACAUAUCAUGGGAAUCCAGUACAGUCAUAUCCUAAAUCCAUGGAAAAUGGCAUGGCCUUUGCUGGAGCACCAGAUCCGUAUAACCUUUUCGGUUAUAUUAAUCCAGAAUCUGGUUCCCAAGUAAUUGAAGUUAUUGAGACUUCAAAAUGCAGAGCAAAAAUGAUGGUCAAUGUUGCUAUCCAGGCGAUGUGCAAAGUUAGUGAAGGAGAGAAUGCUUUUGCCAAAAUAGGUGAAGCACUGGAUAACUUGAAUAGCCGUGGUACUGGCUCUGGUUCAAGCAUACUUGGCAUAAGACGGAUACCUCCUGAUUCAGGUCAGUCAAAUGCAUCGUAUCAAGAUAACGGCACACCUGCUCCUGCAACAAAUAGCAAUUCAAGAUUGCCAAACGGGUGUGAUUCUGAUGGCCAAUUUCCUACCGAGCUGAUUUCAUCCUGUGUGGCUAUGAUGCUUAUGAUAAAGAACUGCACGGAGAAGCAGUAUCACCCUGCUGAAGUCGCGCACAUCCUCGAUUCAGCGCUUUCUGGCUUGCAGCCAUGCAGCUCCCAGAACAUCCCGAUCUUCAGGGAGAUCGAGAUGUGUAUGGGCAUCAUCAAGAACCAGAUGCUGGCGUUGAUACCCACUCCAAGUGGCUAGCUCCACUCCUGCUGCGAGCAUCCUAGCUAAUGUAUUUGGGAAGCGAACACCCAGACAACUGUAUGUGGCGUGUAUUAUUCAUUUUUCUUUUUCUUUUUGCUGUCGUACAGGAUGUAUUUUAUGUGUACAUUAUAGAUUAAACUGCUGAAAAAUAUGUGCGCACACUUGCAUGCUCAUGUGGU